GUAAACCCAGCCCGAGUUGGCGAACUCGUCGUCGAAGGUCUCGGUCCCGGACGACGACGCGCUCCUAUAUAAACGACGGGAGAGCUCUACGGAGCAGAUCAGUCUCAGGUUAAACUCAAACCAACCGCCCAAACAAAUCCAAAUCAACAUGUUCAAGCUGAUCUUCUUGUCCGCUUUCGUGGCCGUCGCCUUCGCCAGGCCGAGUGCCCACCACGCGCUGGUCGCCGGUCCGGCAGUCGUCGGCCGCCUCGUCUCCGAGAAGACGGUGGAGUCUCAUGGAAACACGGUGGUCCACAACUCCGCACCGUUGAUUCACGCCGCGGUUCCUGCCGUCGCCUACGCCGCAGCCACCCCCCUGGUAGCAGCCGUCCCCGCCGUCCCCGCCGUCCACGCCGUCCACGCCGUUCCCCAGGCUCACCUAAUCUCCGAAAAGACGAUCGAGUCCCACGGAAACUCUGUGGUCCAUGGAACAGCUCCCGUAAUUUCAUACGCCGCCGCAGUCCCCGCCGUCAGAUACGCCGCCGCCGUCCCCGUCGCCCCGCACUCGGCCCUCAUUUCUGAGAAAUCCGUCUCCAGCUACGGCCACAGCAUCGUUCACCAGGGAUCUCCGGUCGUCCACACCUUGGCCGCAGCCCCGGCACUGACUUACUCGGCUUACGCUCACCCCGCUAUCAGCGUUUGGUAAUCGUCUUUAUCCCGACGACUGAUGCGAUACGACGAAUAUGGAGCUGGCGGAGGAACACACUCGUAGACAGGCAUAGCUGUAGGCUAGAGCUGCUAGGAUACAUCGGUAUUAGUUUUAUUGAGAUGGUCUAGCGUGAGUCUAGCGCUGAACAUGCAGCUUGAACCAUUUCAACUACUGUUGUACCAUCGACAUUCCAGGCGAGACUGCGGUGUGUUGAGUUACUUGUUUUUAACUACUACCUAACAUGUCGCAACUUGAAUGGCAAUGUCGAUUAUUGGCCGUUGCAAGGUCGGCAGUCUUAAUGGAAUACGUGAAAGAGGCCCACCUGAGUAACGCCCGGUAUAAACAGUCGAUCGAUUAUAUUCAUAAGUUUGGGAACCUGAUCGCGUCGAAAUUUCUAAAUCUAGGUAUUCAAUUACAUCGGUUAUCAAACUAGACCGUUUUUAUAUUGCACGGUUAAAAAAUAAUAACUCUUUGCAACUCAUGGAAAAAUAAAUCAUAUCAUGUCGAUAGCACCUCAA